AACUUCUUCGCGGCUGGCAUCCUUCAGAGCAGGUCUCGGGCUGAACAGUUUUCGCUUCGCUUGGGUGAAGGUCGAUUUUGCACUACCAAGUCCCGUGUUUAUGCAUCUGAACACACGCAAAGCCACUCUGUUUUGUAUUUUAAUACUGAUUUGCCGCAGUCAUUGAAGAGGAGAGCACUGCGCAAAUUGGAGAUAUCUGGGAGUGAAAUUAUAGACGCAAGCAGUAGAGCGCAUCAGAUGGCCGGCGACCGCAGAAAAAGGAAACGUCUCCCGAAGAGACCUUUUCAUGGAGAAAGAGAGAAUUCCUCUGAAGAUUUGAAUGAAACUGUUGGUACACAGCAAGCAUUAAUGACCUGUGCAGAUCGCAAUGGAGGUAAAGUGCGACGAGGUAAAGAAAACAGUGCAAUGAAAUCGAAGGCACUGCCGCACUACAACACACCCGAUUUAUUUGGGAAAGUGGAAGACCCGGCGGAUUACGGAUCCACCGAGCAAACGGAUCAUAUUGCUUUUUUCGAUGAGGACAGUAAUCAUAUUUUUCCAGUUGAACAAUUUUUUGGAAAUCUGGAUUCAGUUCAGGAAUACUCGGGCAAAGCCACUACAGAGAGAAUAAGCAGACGAGAGUACAGGAGACGCCAUUACUACGCCAAAGAGGACAGUGAUGAGGAGCAGAUAUAAAGCACACUGUGAGUGUAAAUCUGAUGCAUCCUCUGUACACUUUCUGAAAACGGUUUACUGAGUAAUUUUGUAAUGAUAGAAUCAUACCUUAGAGAGAAAUGUUUUAAAAGAACAUUCCCAAUGACUGAGUAUAAUAAAAAAAGAUUGUAAAUAACUGGGGGAGUUAA